AUGAAACUCAGAUACCUGUUAGCAAACAGCGCCAUCAUUGGAUGCCCGGCCGUCCCUAUCCUAGAGUUGGUUUCCACGCGCGCCCGCCAACCCCGUCCAGUUCAUCAAACGUUUCGAACUACCUUACUGGACUGUUCUGCAUCAAGAGUAAGGACUACCAAAACAGCCCACCAGUAUGUUGGGAUUCCGGGAACUCUGCUUCCCAAGAGACGUGUGGCUAAGACCUGCAUAGUGCCUGCUGGUACACGAAGCACCCAGGGGUGCUGGACUUGUCGGCUAAGAAGGAAAAAGUGUGACGAGACACGUCUGGUGUGUCAGACAUGCACAAACCUUAGCAUAGCAUGCUACGGGUAUGGACCUCGGCCUCCCUGGAUGGAUCGAGGACCACUCGAGAAAGAGAAAGCACAGAGCAUCAAGCUUGAAAUAGCCCGCAGCGGCUUCAAGAGAAAGAGACCCCGCCUGUGCAGCACAGCUCUUGCAACCGGCGUCGAGGGGGGCUCCGAUGCCGCGUCCGAUAACUUCGACAGACCCGUCACCCAGCCUGGUACCGCACUUUGUUUGUCCAAAUCCAUUCCGAAAAGAACCCCGACCACCCUGGAUGAUGUUUUCGACGAUGAUUUCAGUCUUUCCAGCACACCAAUGCAGCAGACGGCGAAUAACACGAUGGCCCAACAGAUGAGCAUGGUUGUAGGUGAAAUUUCCACAUCAGAGAUUUUAUCGACCGACGAGAGUGAGCUCGACCAGUGUUCUCUUCCGGUCGAUCCUCUGCUGCGUAUAGCCUACGAAUGGGAGAGUUCAGAAUCUACACUCGACUACGAGGCAUGCAUGGAGAUUGGGACCUUCCUUCCCAUGCAAACUUCUGAGUCUUUACCACAGGCUCUCCACAGGCUCAGCGACUCUGUGCCAUCUGACACCCCAUCCUGUUACUUUGGCACAUCAUCAAGAACAGAUGACAGCAGUUCAGGUACAGCACCUGGAGAUAUUCUGCUAAGCGAUGCCAUCUCUUUAUCAAACUAUCUUGAGGAAACACUUUCAGCACAAUUUCCCUUUCAUCGGGUUUCCAACAUUGGCUGCCGACAGUGGCUGGAAAUCCUGCUGUUCAGUUCAAAGCAUGUGCUCAAGGCUACGAUACUGCUCAGUGGAGCAGCUAACAGCGUAAGCGAGAACCCAUAUCUAGGGCAGGAGAAGAAUAUCGGAAACCACAUGUUCCAAGCCAUGAACAUACUCAGGUCCCUUCCAUCCGCAACCUCAUCUUUGUCUCUGCUCGAUGAGAAAUUGAAAGCAUAUCACAUCAUCUCAGCAUGCACCUGUGUGAUGCAGACAGUAUUUCUUGAGGUUUGA